GGCACCCCUUCCAAGGCCAGCACCAGAAUAUAUGCCGCUCCCACCGGCGAGGUACUGCUCUCACCUACCACACUCUCAACGCUCUCUCCUACCCCACUCUCAACUUUCUGCUGCCCUCUCUCUCCAGCACACCAUGGCGUUCCAGCCCAAGCAAAUCACCCACUACGAGGCCUCGCACUUGGCCGAGCUCCAGGGCGAUGUCAGCGAGACGGCGAUCAAGUACAGCCUUGGCCUCAUCCCGCCCUUCUCUGACGGCGAUGCCAUUCACGACAACGCCUGCGGCUCAGGCGCCGUCACGACCUGCAUCAUGGAGUCGCUGGCCCCAGGCACGAACAUCCACAUCGACGCGACCGACAUCAAUCCGCAGUUCGUUGAGGGCUGCGCCGCACUCGCGAAGUCCCACAACUGGCCCGUCAGCACGGCCGUCAUGUCGGCCCAACAGAUUACCUUCCCGGCCGACCACUUCACCCAUUCCAUCACGAGCUUCGCCUUCCACUGCCUGGGCGAUCACGAUACCGCUGCCAAGAACAUCUAUCGCACCCUGAAGCCCGGUGGCAUCGCAAUCGCCUCCAUCUGGGUCUACAUGCCGCAUGUCGAGGCCCUGCAGCACGCCCACUGGCGCACUCGUGGAAAGGACGGCCCGAUGCCGGCUCUCCUGCCGCUGGAAGGCUUCCAAGAAGCAGAUCUCAGGAAGUCGCUGGAGACAGGCGGCUUCAUCGAUAUCACUUGCUCGGAGAAGGACUGCUUCCUCAAGAUCGGCGACAUGAAGCGAUGGGCUCAGCUGGCUUGGAGCUACCUUGGCGCCUUGCCGAGCGGAUGGAGCCAGAAUGACGAGGACAAGUGGGACGAGGCUAUUGCGGAUAUUGUGGAGCAGCUGAAGAGCGGGGAUGGAAUCUCCAAGAACGACAAGGGCGAGACAGUGCUCAGGAUGGUGUGCAUCAUGGCUGUUGCGAAGAAAUGAGUAGAAUGGGAGAUAUAGAGGCGGAGCUGACAAGUACUCUGACAUCUGUCCCAGCCAUAUUAUGGACUACCUAGGUAUUCGCCCUGAGCACAGAAUUGUGGGUGUCAUCGGGGUCCCAUCAUUCGGGUACUCGGCCGCACACGGCCAAGAUCUUCAUGAUAGCACCCCUGUUUUCCAACUCCUUUCUGACCUCUUCUGGGAAGUCUUUCAUCUCUUGCGCUGUCAUGUUCAAUUCUUCCGGACCUGAGAGUUGUCAGCAAUCCAUCAACUGCUUCGAAACCGAUAUGCCACAUCCCAUACCGUUAAGGUAGCCCUGCAAGCCGAUGGAAGCCGUAACCAAAUGCUCCACACCCUUCUUCGCUACAUCUGCAUCUAAACACGCUGCUCCGUACGGGACAUAGAAAACUUUCUCUUGCAU